AUGGAUAAAUCAAUUCACUACGUUCAUGCUAUGUCCAAUUUCGAUUCAGUUUAUAAUGCUACACCUAAUCAUAUCCAUCAUUCGACUAUGUAUAUGCCCAUGUCUUCAUCCUCAUCAUACCGAAAUCGAUCUAUAUCUCCUUCUCUAACAUCAUCAAAUCUAAAAUUUAAUCUCGAUUUAUAUAAUCCUAAUGAAUACCAUUCUGAAUCUGUUGAUUAUCCAUCACCUUCAUCUUCUGUGAUAAUACAUCAUCAUCCUGUAUAUUCUCCUCCUCCUUCACAAGCGAUAUCAAAAUUACGCCAAAUUAAUGAUGAAUUAUCUCAUACUCUCGCACAAUGUGAACUAACCAAUCGAUCUCAACCAUUACCAUCACCAUCACCAUCACAUUAUCAUAUUCAUCAUUAUCCAAUAUCACAUGAAACUUAUCGUUCACGUUCUCCAAGUGAACAAACUUCAUCAUCAUCACCAUCAUCAGAAGAAGAAGAAGAAGAAGAAUUUGAACCAAUAAAAAAAAGACAUAAUGCUCAAAUAACACACAAAACUCAUAUUCCACGACAACAGAGAUCAUUAUCCAAUUUAGAUGAAGUUCUUAUUUCAACCUCCGAUGCAUACUCAUCUAAUGAUCCAAUGACAAUUGAUCUCUAUCCAACACGUGAUCAAGGUUUUGUUAAAAAAAUUAGAAAUCAUCCCAAUAAUAAAAGUCCAUGGCUUGCUGAUGUUUCACCAAUGCGACGAAAUUCUUUUUCAGAAGCAAGUACUUAUCGAACACCUCGAGCACCAUAUUAUGGUGAUAAACCAAUACAACCAAAAAGUCGAUUAGCUAGUGGCAAAGAACGUCCACGAUCAUCAUCCGUAAAUCCUCGCGUUCGUCUUGAUAGUGCUCCAAAUCCACUUCGUCAGUCAGCUAUAUCUUUUUCCAAUACGGCACCUGUAUGGCGGCCCGGUGGUUCAAUCAAACAUUCUAAAUUUAUGGGUUCUCAUGCUCCACCUUCAAUACCAAAACCAUCAUUACAUGAACCUCCUUGGAAUCCUGCUGGUGUUGCAAAUAAAACAAAACGUAUUCGUGCUUUUGACCCUACUAAUAAACCACCACGAACUAAAACACCUGAACCGGUUUGGCGUCCAUCAUUCAAAUCUUUAAAAGAUAAACCUCCGAAAUAUUUUGAACCAACUAUUAAAUCUGAAUUAAUUGUACCAAGUAAAAAAGAAAAAGAACCUGUUUGGCGUCCAUCGUCCAAAUCUCUAAACGACAAGCCUCCGAAAUAUUUUGAACCAACUCUUAAACCCGAAUUAACUGCAUCAAUUAAAACAGAAAAAGAGUCUGUUUUACAAAGUAAAAAAAUAAAAACUCAUAAGAAAAUACCUAGUGCUGAUCCAACAUUAAGAAGACGUGUCACUAAAGCUGAAAGUAAAGUUAAAUCUGCAUGGGACGCUACAGCAACUGUUAAAGAACCUAAACCACCUAUUUCACAUCCCGUUAAAAAAACAACAACCACUAUACCACUCAAAACAAAAGUUAAAGCUGUUCCAUCUCAACCUAUUGUACCUGUUAAACAAAUUGUUUCUACACUUCCAACAACUACAGAUACUGGUCGAAGUUCAUUGAAUGAUGUUGCAACAAAACCCAUGUUUCAAUCAACACCAAAAAAUCAAAGUAUAGUUGAUGAGAAUGAUGAGAGUGUUGCUGAUCUAUUCGACAAUGAAUCACAAAUAUCAGAAGCUUCGAAAAAACAAGUAAUACCUCAUCCACCUCCUCAAAUAGAAAAAACACCAACAAAACUUCCUAUUACAAGUGUAUCAAGAUCAGUUGAAAAAACACGAUCAGUCAUUAAAGAUGAUGCGGGCAGUAUUCAUGAUGAUAAUCGCACAUCUUCACCUCGCAUUGAGAUUAACAAUAACAAUGAUGAAGAAGAUACAUUAAAUAAUCAUAGUUUUCAACCAUCACCAAUUCCUCCUGAACACAAAGUAUCUUCAUCUAAACCAGAUAAUAGAGAUGAUGUAUCAAUUGUCGAUGAUGAGAAUUCUAUUUUACCUAAUGAAAGUCAUAAAGAUGAUACCAAUGAAAAUGUUGACGAAAGUUUUCAGAUGAAUAAAUCACUUGAUAAUGCACCAAAACCUACAAUGAAUGAUUCGAAGAAAGAUGAUAUUAUUUCUCCUUUAGAAAGUCCUCGAGCACCUCCAAAAGCUAAUAUUAAAACGCUACCUCAUCGAAAAGAACCAUCACCAUCACCCCCUUCUAAAAAUCUUAAUGAGAAUUCGUACCAAUCUCCAGUUAGUUCAAAGAAAAAUGAUCACGAAUUACCAAAUACUCCUUCACCACGACCACCACCGGCAACUGCUGACAUUGAUGAUUUUUUUAAUUAA